AUGGUGACGGACCUGCACCGCCACUUCAUCGAUGACAUCACCAUCCCCUCCCUCACGGGCAAGGGUGACCUGCGGCGCAUUGACGACGUGUUUGACUGCUGGUUCGAGAGUGGCUCCAUGCCCUACGGCCAGCUGCACUACCCCUUCGAGAACAAGCAGCUGUUUGAGUCAAACUUCCCGGCGGACUUCGUGGCGGAGGGGCUUGACCAGACGCGCGGCUGGUGGGCGGUGUUCGGGAUGGGGGUGGCGCUUUGA